AUGGCGACGGGAAAAGAACACGAGCUACAAAAAGUCAUUGACUCCUUUAGAGCACUGCGAAGGAGGGCCAAAGAACUAGGAAUUAAAGAUUCGCAGCUGACGAAAUUAACAUCUGUGAGGAACCUCCGUAAGAGACGAUCAACUUGUCUUGUUUUUACCAGCUUCGUCUUUGGUUUGGUGGGAAUAUUGACAGGAUUCGGAUUGAUACUUCAUCAACAAGGCUUGCUUUCGAAUCAACCUCUGUGGAAAGUUGCCGGGUAUGUCUUGGAUUUUGACAUCGAGAAAGACUUUUGUGUCAUUCCGUACCCUGAGAUAAUUUUGGACAUGUUUCGUCCGCCCGUAGAAUGCGCCAUUUGCGAAGACGUGCACCAAGUCGAUAGAGUUUCGUUGCUCUCAAGAGAGGAAUUCGUUCGAAAAUAUGCCUACACCUCGAGACCGGUGGUCAUCACAGACGGAACAAAGGAUUGGACUGCUUCGCAACAUUUUAGUUUCGAUUAUUUUAAGUCAAUUUACGGUCCUGAAAGCCCAGUUUUGUUGUCAGAAGAUCAGAAGUGUCAAUUCUUUCCCUACAAGACAAACUUUAAGUCCCUCCAAGAAGUUUUCAACAUGUCUAAAGAAGAUGCAAAUAUGAAGGGAAGUCCAUGGUAUAUCGGAUGGUAAGAGAGCUUUUUUUUUCUAUUUUCUCGUUAUUACCAUGAAGCUUUAAUGAGUGUCUCAUGAGAAAUAUGUUUGAAUGAAAACGGUGAUUUAUGAAUGGAAAUUAGCGUUUAGUAUUGUGUUAACUAUUUGUUUGAAAGUCAUGAAAUUUGAACAUGUUUUAGUUUAUGAAUUAUUGUGAAAAGUUCCACCCUGGAAAGAGUCGACAAUUCCCUUUAAUAGAACUUAUAGUUGCUGUUUUUGAGUAUGCAAUUUACGGCAAAGAGGCCAGGAAAUUUGCUAUGCUGCAUAUAAACUGUAAAAGGUUUAGUGCUCAUGAUCAGUAGUGCCAUUUAAUGAGGUAUUUUAGCUCAAUAUGCUUAAACUUAAUAUGUGUUCUUUUACUCUUUGUUUAACAGAUAAGUUUCUUGUAAAUAUUUAUAAUCUGUAACAGAAUUUGAGUUAAAUCUAAAUAUUCGACAGAAGCCAGUUACGUUUCAACCCUAAGUUGAUAACAGAGAACUGUGGCCUGAAUUUAUUGAUUUUGAAUUUCUUUCGUCAUUCCAUGAUCCUGUGAUAAGAAUUAUUUAACCAGAAAGUAAUUCCAAAACAUUUAAAAAAAUAGAUAUGUACAGAAAUUUCCUAUAGGGAAUGGAUCAGGACUUUCAAAAACUUGAAUGUUUUUGUUUCAGUUUUUUUUCCCAAUAUUAUAAUUAUACAGGCAUAUGGCCAAUACUCCACUCAAACUUUAUCAUUGCAACUGAUCAACUGAGGAAAUUUAUGUGUUUCCAAACGGUGCCAUCAGAAAAGGUUACCUAACAAAAGCUUUAAUGAGCCAUUCAAUAGAGAUACUGAUAUUUUGAAUUUAUAUGGAAGAAGGGGUUGCUCAGGGGAUCUUAAUCCAAAGGGCAAAGGAGAAUUUUGAAGAAAUUGGUUGCUAAAUGUGAGCCAUCAAUAUAAGAAGUGGUAUUAUUAUACUGUGCCUCUGAUGUUUUGAAUGAAAUGAGAUUUACAUGAUUAGUUGCAAUGUUUCUGCUUUUUGCUUAAGCUUAUUAAAAUUUAUGUAGCUCCAUAACACUUUCAAAUUAUUUUUUUCUGAAAGUGUUCUUUGCCAAAUCCACACCGUCCACCAUUUUAACUUUUUACUGUGUACAGGAUUUGAGCUGGCACAAUAUACGCAUAGUUUUAUUAUUGGAUACAAUAUGGUUGGUGGGGAAAGAUUUUCAUUUUAUAUGUAAAACCCAAUAAGCUGUCUGUGAGAAAUCUCCCUUUCAAUGUUUUAGUGUAACUAAACAGAGCUCUAAAGCCAUGCUUUUAUAAGGUUGGAGUCAAGGAAAUUCAUCUGUGAGUUAUUGCAUAUCUGUUUGUUCUGUGGCAAAAGGAACAAGGAAUGAAAAUAUGGCACUUAAUCAUUAGUUCUUAAUUAUAUGAUUUCUACAAUAUUUAGUUAUAAUAAGAAAAAAUCAGAAAUAGUUAUUAAGAAAAAAUUCAAGCAUAUGACAUGUAUUUCUAAUCAGUUUAUUUGUUGUAGAUUAAUUGAUGACACAAAUCUCUGUUUUCCUAAUGUGCGCUCUUUCAAAAAAUAAAACACUAAUGAACACUUAGAAGUGAAGAGGACAAAUGAUACAAAAUCUAAAAGGUACAUCUCUAAGGUACACUGCUUGCAAUGAAAAACAUUGACUGAUUUAUUUUCAGUGAUGAAAAAACAAUAUGCUUUUAAUGGUGUUGCUACUUUUUGAAAUAGUUUUGUUCUUUUACAUUUAUUUUUGUCAACUUUGAUAUCAUUUUCAGUAUUCUAGACAAUUUUUAGCCUGAAGUCAGGCGAGAGAGCCUUUCAGCAUGAAGACAAAAACGCAUUUUUCAGUCUAACCUCUGGUCAGAAUAGCAUUGAUGAAUGCUAACUGUAAAAAAGAUUUCCUUCCAGUUUUGCAUACUAACUCAUAUUUUUUAAUGAUUUUGUUUUGUUUCAUUAUCAUACAGGUCUAACUGUGACUCCUCAGCUGCUAAUGAACUUCGUAAACAUUACAAAAUGCCAUAUUUUCUGCCUGAGACUUCAGAAUCAAGCAAGACUGAUUGGUUGUUCAUGGGCUGCCCAGGAUAUGGUGCUCAUUUACAUGUAAGUAUUCUUGAUUUUCAAGAUCUAGUGUUAAGAUAACAAACAAUGCAAGAAACCUCCUUGAAUUUGCUUAUCUUAAAACAAAAUUUCCAAAUGUGACAUGAUUUUAUAUUGUCUGUCUGUGAAUGCAUGAAGUUAUGAUCCAUCAAAUGUUUUUAAAUUUGCAUGGUACAUUGAAGGAAAAGAGUUCAUCAUUCCUUGGCAAUUGCUUCUUAUAGAUUGACAAUGUAGGGAACCCUUCCUGGCAAGCUCAAAUUAAGGGAACCAAAAAGUGGACUUUGGAGCCCCCACCGGAAUGUGCCAAUGUUUGUGAUCCAAAGCUUGAGGUGACAGUUAACUCAGGAGAAAUAAGUAUGUCAGCUUAUAUGUUUCUUGUUACUUUUGAUAAGGGAAACCAUUGUAAGAUUGGUUAUUUACCCCCGUCCUCUCCUGAAAAAAAAAUCAAUCAUCGCAUAAGAAACACUUGUUAACCCUUAAACUCCCAAGCAUGACCAAGACAGUAUUCCUCCUUACAAUAUCACUGCAAUAUCAAGAAGAAAGUGAUGAGAAUAAAGAAAAAUAUGAAUUAGGGGAUUAUUUGUGGGUCUAAUACUAAAUUUCUGCACCAUAAUCAUAGGAAUUGUUUGGCGUAUAAUAAGGCAAAUUACAUAAUAAGAUCUUGAGAAUGAAAGGGUUAACCCCUCAACUCCCAAGAUCUGAUUGUUAAUUUCCCCCUGUAGCUGCUACAAAUUUCCUUGUAAGUAAGUUAUGAGAACUUGGUGCUAGAUUAAGAUAACAACUUCUACCUGAUAAGGUUGAAUAUUUUCAUUACCUGUUUGCUGAAGAAUGUAUGGAUAUUGUGGGGAGAAGUUUUAUGUUGAUCGCUUUUGGGAAUUAAAGGGCCAAAAGCCAAAAAAAUAUAAAAUCUUCAAGCAAGGGUACAUUAACUAGGAAGGGUACAUAAAAUUAAUGUUAAUAAAAGAUACACUUUUGUUUGGGAGCAUGGAGUAGUAUUUACUAGUGAAAAGUUAAUUUUUAUUCUUUACAUUAAUUACAAAAUGCACUUUGUUAUUUAUCCACAUUUGGACACUGUUGGUCGAAUUAAUUUAGAUUAUAAUUUUGGUGAAUUUAUUUUUGAUUGUAGUUGUUUUGGACACAAACAAGUGGUUUCACCAGACGGACAUUGUUGGCAAGGAACUAAGCAUAACUAUUGGGUCUGAAUAUGACUAA